GGCCCAGAGGAGCCGCUGCAGCCAAUGGGCGUGUCCGAAGCGCUGAGGCAGAAGCGGCCGGGCCGGAUCGGCUGAGGUGGCUCCUGGCAGGCGGUGAUGGCGCCAGGUCGGCUUCCUCCCUUUAGUUGCCGCCGCCGCUGCUGAGGGGGCCGGUCAUGGCCAAGAACCGCGGCGGCGAAGCAGCAGCAGGAGGGGUCGCUUUGGUUUCCGCGAACGGGAUGGCCGCGCCGCCGGACUCUGCCUCAGAGGCGGGCGAGAUGGACGCGAAGCUGCAGCGGGACAGUGAAUCGCGGAGCUCGGUGGGCGGCAGCAGCAGCGACGGCGGCGAGCGGCGCGUUGACAAGUUCGGCUUCCUUGUCCCUGAGGGCGACGCACCCGCCAGGGAGGCUCUGCUCGAGGAGGUGCCGCUGGAGAAGCUAAGGCAGAGGGAAUCUAAAUGGCUGGAUAUGCUGAACAACUGGGACAAGUGGAUGGCUAAGAAGCAUAAAAAGAUCCGGCUGAGAUGCCAGAAGGGGAUCCCACCAUCUUUACGGGGUCGGGCAUGGCAGUACCUCUCAGGAGCCAAAGUCAAGUUGGAACAAAAUCCUGGCAAAUUUGAUGAGCUAGAUAUGGCCCCAGGAGAUCCCAAGUGGCUGGAUGUAAUUGAACGUGAUCUCCACAGGCAGUUUCCAUUCCAUGAAAUGUUUGCUUUCCGUGGAGGCCAUGGGCAACAAGACCUGUUCCGUGUGCUGAAGGCCUACACGCUGUAUCGGCCAGAGGAGGGCUACUGCCAGGCCCAGGCUCCCGUUGCUGCAGUCUUGCUGAUGAAUAUGCCUGCAGAGCAAGCAUUCUGGUGCCUUGUCCAAAUCUGUGAGAAGUACCUUCCUGGCUACUACAGUGAGAAGUUGGAGGCUAUUCAGCUGGAUGGGGAGAUCCUCUUCUCACUGCUGCAUAGGGUCUCACCCGUGGCUUAUAAGCACCUGAGCAAGCAGAAGAUUGACCCCAUCCUGUACAUGACAGAAUGGUUCAUGUGUGCAUUCUCCAGGACCUUGCCAUGGAGCUCUGUGCUGCGCGUCUGGGAUAUGUUUUUCUGUGAAGGCGUCAAAAUCAUCUUUCGAGUGGGCCUCGUGCUGCUGAAAAAUACUCUGGGUUCUUCUGAGGAGCUCAAACCAUGUCAGGGGCAGUAUGAGACUGUGGAGCGGCUGCGGGCGCUGAAUCCCAAGAUUAUGCAGGAGACCUUCCUUGUACGAGAGAUCAUAGAGUUGCCAGUGACAGAGCGCCACAUAGAACGGGAGCACCUGAUCCAGUUGAAGAAAUGGAAGGAGACCCAUGGGGAGCUGCAGUGCAAAUCCCCUCCACGUUUCCAUGGCGCCAAAGCCAUCAGUGACUCGGAACCUUACCCUCGCAAGGCCUUGGAGCCAUCUCCUUCUAUCAUCCUCCCACCUGACUCGGUUCUCUUGCCCAAGGGCCACAAGAACAAAUUGCCAAAGGGGGACAAGAAACAGGACCAAGGAAAGGGCCACCUGGCCAAUGGGCCCAUCCCUGAAGAGAACGGAACUCAGAGUUUGCUGGAGCCAGAGCCCUCCUCCCUCCACCUGUCAAAGGAGAGCCUCACUUCACAAGAGAGCGAGGACACCUACCUGUAGACAUUACGGCUGCAUAUUCCAGACCUCCCGGCUUGGUCCAAAGUGGCUAGGUCUACAUGGCCCCUGCAGCCAGACUCCUCAGCCAAGGUAGUGGGUGGGUGACUGGGAAGUUGGGGGCAGCUAGUGCCUUGGGGAUACUUGGGAUAAGGUAAGCUAAGGGCUCUUUUCCACAAGUCUUAACAUUAUGCAGCUUGCACCCCAGUGGCCAGCAGGCAGUAGACAAAUACGCUUUGAGUAUCUCAUUAGGAAGAGAGGUACUUGCAGCUGCCCCCUGCUGUUGAGUUCUUCACUGGUGGGAGUCCAGGGUUUGAUUGGCAGUGAAUCAUGCAGAUAACAGAUCACAGUUUUGCCACACACCCACCCACCACAGUCUGAAUGGUGAGAGUAUUGAUGCACAUUCCACAAGGAAUUCUGGGAAUUGGCAGGGGCCGAAUUGCUGGCCAUGUCCACUAAUAUAGGUCUGCUUCUCAGUGGAUAGACCACACAUCCAUUCCUUGACCUCUUGGGCAAGUUUGUCAUUGAAAGUUUCUUUAUUAGAGCAAUCGAGGCUGCUGAAGCUCUCUUAUUCUUGCAUUCCUAUCCCAAUACGUAGGGCAGCAGUGCUGCUCUUAGUUGCUGUUGUUACCUUCCUGGUACCACCCAGGUGAGGUGUCCUCCUGGCUCUUGUUCUUCCAUUUUAGACUCUCCAGGUGAGCCAGUAACACCAUUCCUUCAUCUUACUGGAGGCUUGGUGUUUUGUAUUCCUUGCUUUUAAUUGGACUUGGAAUCCAUUAGGCCUGGAGGACCCCUUGUUUCCUCAGCUGCUUGGGCAUUUCUGCCCUACACGUAGGAACAUUCUAGCUGUUCAACAUCCUUUCACUGAAAUGACCAGUUAAGGUCCUUGUCUCUUGGACAAGCAGCCAGCUGAUUAAUUGAAGAAAGGGCAGGGAACUGAUUAGUGUCACAGCCCUCUGGCCUUGCUUUCUUGCCUGAAGUCUCAAGGGAGCUAUGCUGUAUUGACUUCACAUGCUGGAUGCAUCAGCCCCUUUGUAGGAAUCAUUGUUGCAGGAAUCUGAUAACGUGCACCAUGUUUUGUGUCAGGGCAAGUCAUACUUGAACCGUAUGUAUGUUAGGCUUCAACUUUACAUCCGGUGCUAGGAUUUCUCCAGGAACAGGACAGCCCAUUUACAGGACACUAAAGGAGCUUCCUUUGCCUACCCGCUGCUGGGUGCUGCUCCCCUAAGUCUUCAGAAGGUAGCAGCAGUAUUAAGCUGACCCUUGUUUCCCCAUCCCCUCAGACUAUAUCCUUGAUAAAUGUAAAUCCAAAUCCUGACAGACUGGAGGGAAAUGGUAUCCCUUGCUGCAGCUCGUGAAGCUGUGCUUGCGCCUAAAAGCUGCAGGCUGCUGAUUGUAAAGCUUUGCUGCAAUCCACCUUCCCUCUAGUUCAUUGCAGGCUCAGGUGGGGGCUCCCCAUUUUUGUGAUGGAAGCGGUAACCAACAUUUACACCUCCGAUAUACUGAGUGAAGUCUUGGAGUCUUUUCUUGAGGUUUAUUAAGGAGGCUCAGGAAGAUUGGUUUCCCCCUUGUCUGGCCCCCAUUUAUAGCUGGGAUGAAUAUCUGGAACUGGGAUCGGGGUGGGGCGCAGUAUUGCUUGCUGUUGCCAUUUCUGAUGGCUGCAAUCUGACCACAGGGUGGGGGUGAAAGGAAGCAGGAGACUGUUUUUUCUCCACCUGUUGCCACAUGACAGGUUAUGACUGACAGGUGGUCUCGUGUUUGGGUUCUUUUUAAAAUAAAAAAUCAAUAGUUGUAAUAGUUUUGUACAAAAGGCAAAAUAAACCAGAAUUAUGUAA